AUGGCAAGAACAAGAUCUAGUGCUGGAACUAGCGGCGGUCGUGGAAGAGGCCGUGGUGAAAACGAAGACUCUGGUCAAGGUCGUGGUAGUGGUCGAGGAACUGGACGGAGUGGAGGCCGUGGUAUUGGUCGUGGCACUGGGCCUGAAGUAGUUCAAGGUGUUGGCCGCGGUGCAGGUCGUGGAAAUGAACAAGCUGGAGGUCGAGGUACUGGUCGUGGAGUUGGUCGUGGUGCAGGCCGCGGUGGCGGCCGAGGUAGCGGUCGUGGACGUGGUCGUGGUGAAGCUGAAAAUGAAACUACUAAUGAGCAAACUAGAAUGCAACCAGACCCAGCCAUGAUUGCCAUGAUCACCCAAGUGGUUAAUACUAUACUCGCACAAAAUGCUCAAAAUGCAGAUAAUGAAGAUGCUCAGUAUGAUGAUGCUCAGUAUGAGGACGCUGAGGAUGAUCAGGAUGAGGAGGCUAUAUUGAGGUCUGAAGCUAUGACAAAGGAGUUGGUUCAGUGUGGAACUAUUACUGCUAUUGGGACAAAAAGAAAGGAAACCAGUGGGAUGAAUAAUAAUAAGAAAGUUUGGCGAUCUGAUGGGAAGAGACAAAACAGAGGCAAGGUGUUUGUAGUGACUGAUGCUGGCAAAAAGGAAUAUAAUAGAGGCAAUCAGGCUCCAGCUGCUAGAGGUCGUGCUUUUGUUCUGAAUGCUGCUGAGGCUCGCAACGAACCGAACGUGGUUGUAGUCGAUGUGACGAUUCUAUGUAGUGCAAAAAUUGUUAGAAUCCCCUUACCAAAUGGUGAGAUACUAGAGGUUCAAGGCGAGGUGUCUAAUUCUUUUGAGGGUCGUGUCAUGAGUGCGUCUGCUAAAGAGGUUAGCUUGAUUAAUGUCCCCGUUGUUCGGGAUUAUCAGGAUGUCUUCCCUGAUGACUUACCUGGCUUACCUCCGUCUCGACAACUUGAUUUUCGCAUUAGUCUCGUUCCUAAUGCAGCUCCUGUAGCAAAAUCUCCCUAUAGAUGA